GGCGGAAGUAGUAAUACUUGUUGUCACUACACGUGUAUUCUCGAGUCACCCAUCCUCCUGUGUUGUCAGCAGCAACAUGGCGAAGGUUUUGACGAAAAAGCGGACGAUGAAGAAGAAUCGCAAGAAGGCCGUGAGCGUUGUAGAUGACAAGCCAGAAGUAAGCUACGAUUUUCAAGAUGACUUAACAGAAGCUGAUGAGACUAUCGCUAGUGACUUGGAGCAAGACAGCGAUGAUGAACGCAAACGGCUAAAGCUAGUGGAGGCUAUCAGCUCUCUCGGAGGUGCGAAACGAAAGAAAAAGCUCGGGGAGCGAUCGGAGCCGGCUGUGCAAAAGUCUGAAUUUACCGUCAAUGCAGAGGGGGAGGGCGACAAAAUAAAUUUGUCGGAUCUCCUGAAUUCCAUGAACAAAGUCUCAGCUGUCUCGAACCAUUCCAAGAAACAGCUGAAAAACCUGCAGCGAAGUAAGAAAACUAUUGAAUGCCCUCUCAGUAGGCAGGAAAGUGAGAGGAUCCAGAGAGACCUGACCUUUCAGAAAGUAGCAUCAGAGGUGACCCAUUGGGAAAGUGUGAUUAGACAGAACCGGACUGCUGAGCAACUUAUUUUCCCUUUGAAUCAAGAGCCACCCGGCCCUAAGCCGAUGGGGGAGGUUGUCACGGGCUGGCAAGCAGAAACUCCCCUUGAACAGGAAAUAUUUUCCAUCCUGUCUGCCAACAACCAACCGACCACUGACCCCACUUUGACCCCUGCCGAGGAGGCUUCCGUGAAGGCCAUGAGCCUGAUGGAGAUGAAGAUGCGCCGUGCUGAGCUUCAGAAGGCCAGGGCUCUGCAGACCUACUAUGAAGCCAAAGCCCGACGUACGAAGAAGAUCAAGAGCAAGAAAUACCACCGAGUGCUCAACAAAGAAAAGCGCAAAGGUUUCCUCAAGAACUUUGACGACAUGUUGAAAAAUGACCCGUCGGCUGCUUUAGAGGAGAUCAACAAAAUUGAGUUGGGCAGGAUGCAAGAAAGAAUGUCGUUAAAACAUCAGAACAGCGGCAAAUGGGCCAAGUCCAAAGCCAUCAUGGCAAAAUAUGACCAAAGUGCUCGCAAAGCGAUGCAGCAGCAGCUGGAGGUCAACAAAGAUUUGACGCAGAAACUCGCCAUUACUUUGAAUGACGAGGACGAGGAAGACGAAACCCCGGAAAAUGUGCCCGAUUUUAUAAACGAAGCACUGCCUGGGACGGAUUCCAAUCCCUGGAUGAAAGGAAAGCUCUCCGAAGAUCCCGCAGAGAAAGUGAAAGAGACACGUGACGUCGACUUGACUGCAGAGUCCACCGGAACUGCUGUAAAUGUCGAAGAGGAGGAGGAAAGUGAGGUGGAGGAGACUGAAGAAGAAUCUCUCCUGCGCGAGUUUGAGAACCGUCGUAAAAUGCGCCGAGAUCCUGACACCCUUGAAAAGGAGGACCCCAAAAAGUUUGAGGACCGUGGAAAAGUGGAGGAACCCGCAGAUGCCUCCCUUCAACUGACGGGAGGCCAGACGGACCAAAUGGAGACUUUGGAGUUCAUCGAGCUUCUCAAUCAAGAGGAGUCAGUUCAACCCGAGAAACCUCCUGUCAAGCCGCAGCCGUCCUCUGAACAAACGAAGAAAAAUCGCAGCAAAGAAAUAACGUUGAAAGAAGUUCUCACAAAAGACGCCGCGGCCAUUCUUAUGCCGCUCGCUCCGACCACCGUGGUCACGGAGGACUCGGACGAAACGCUCGCUCAGACGGACCUCAUUCAAGAAGCCUUCGCCGGCGACGACGUCAUCUCCGACUUCAUCAAGGAGAAGAAGAAUCAGGAGAACGCGGAGAAGCCCAGCGCGGUGGACACGACGCUUCCCGGCUGGGGGGAGUGGGGCGGGGCGGGCCUCGUGCCCUCCCGCCGCAAGCGCAGGAAGUUCCGGGUGAAAAUGACCCCACCGCCGCCAAGGAAAGACCAAAAACUGCCCGGGGUGAUCCUCUCGGAGAAGAGGAACAGCUCGCUCAGCCUUCACCAGGUGAGCAUGAUGCCGUUUCCUUUCACCAGUCACGUGCAGUUUGAGAGCACCUUGCGCUCUCCCGUGGGCCGCAACUGGAACACGGAACGCACCGUUAAGAAGAUUACCAGGCCCGCCGUGGUCACCCAGCUGGGGACCAUCAUUGAGCCGAUGACUCGGGAAGAACUGUUGAAGAGCAACAAAACACAAGCGCAAAGGAAGAGAGUGGGGAGGAACUUAAAAGGAACUGUUUAUGAAAAGUAGGGUGGCAAAGAGGUGGAACAUUUCAGUGGGAAUUUUGUAAAUUAGGAGGAGAAAUAUGUCUAAAAAAAAUGGAUGAUGUGGUUUCAUGUUUUUGGUUCAUUUGUGACGUGAUCAUGCAGAAACAACAUAUUUCAUUGUGGCUUAAAUUUGGAAUAAAUGAGAAUUUAUGUCAAUUGGAA